CCCCAGAGCACAAUUCCAGGAUCCAAGAUACUUGGAGCUCUUCUGCUUACGAAAAUGGCUCCACCGUCUAACAAAUCGCGCAAAUUGCUGGAUGACAGCUCCAGCGACUCGGAAGAUGAAUCUGGCGGCGUUCCGAUCAGCAACGAGGAUGUCGUAUUCAAGAUCAACGAGGAUUAUGCUCGUCGCUUUGAGCACAACAAGAAGAGAGAAGAAAUGCAACAACUGGAGUCAAAACUAGGCAAGUCCUCGGUACUUGGCAAACGUCGUGAUCGCGACGGAGAGGAUGAGGGAUCUGAAGAAGAAUCGUCUUCGGAUGAGGAAGAGGACGAUUUUGGAGAGCUGGCUACCGAGGCCGUGGAUGCUGAGAUUAUGGACACUAUCAAGGCGAUUCGCUCCAAAGAUCCCCGGCUGUACGACCCGAAUGCCAAAUUCUUCACCAAACUCGACGAGGAGGAACAACCGCAGAACGCCGAGAAGAAGGAAAAGCCAAUGACCCUCCGCGAUUACCACCGGGAGAACCUACUCAGCGGCGCCAACUUGGCUGACGAGGAAGAGACGAGCAGUGCGCCCAAAACCUACGCCCAAGAGCAAGCAGACCUGAAGAACGCCAUCGUCAAAGAAAUGCACGCUGCUGCAGGCGAUGAGGAUGCGUCUGAGAAGGAAGAGGAAGAUGAUUUCCUUGUCGCCAAAUCCAAGCCCGAGUCGUUCCCUGAAACCAAGACAGAAGCCACCCUCGACGUCGAAACCGCCGACAAGGAUCCGGAGACGUUCUUAUCCAAUUUCUUGUCGUCAAGGGCAUGGAUCCCCGCUGGCAGAUCGGAACUUCAACCUUUCGAGUCUGACGACGAGGAAGAGGACGAGCGGGCAGAGGCAUUUGAGGAGGCGUACAACUUCCGGUUUGAGGACCCCAGCAAGAUGAAUGCUACUCUCAUGACCCAUUCUCGUGACGCCACGAAUCAGCAGUCCGUCCGCCGGGAGGAAAAGAGUAUGAGGAAGAAGCGCAGAGAUGCAGAGCGGGAGCAGAAGGAGCAGGAAAAGAAACAGCGUGAGAUUGAAAAGAACCGCCUUCGCAAGCUCAAGAUGGAAGAGCUCCAAGAGAAGGUUGAGAAGGUCAAGGAAGUUGCUGGUAUCCAUGCAACCGAGUUGAACGAUGAAGACUGGGCCCGCUUCUUGAAUGAGGCCUGGGACGACAAGGACUGGGAGGCCGAAAUGCAAAAGCGGUUCGGUGAAGACUACUAUGCCGAGAAGGAUGCCGAGAGCAAGAAACACCCCAAGAAGCCUACAUGGGACGACGACAUCGACAUCAAAGACCUCGUGCCGGACUUUGACGAUGAGGAGGAGAAGCCCGCCGUGGCCGAUUCUGAUGUUGAGAUGGAAGACGAGCGGGAAGGUGAGAAGAAGAGCAAGGCGCAGGAGAGGAGAGAUCAGAAGCGGGAAGCCCGCAAAGAGCGCAUGCGUAUCGAGGAGGCUGUGGACCGCAAUCUGGAUCUGGACAUCGGCUUGCUUCCUGGAGCAACCAAGAAGAACGCUACUGGGUUCCGCUACCGCGAGACCUCCCCUCAGAGCUUCGGGCUUACUGCACGGGAUAUUCUCAUGGCCGAUGACACUCAGCUCAACCAGUUCGCAGGCCUGAAGAAACUUGCUUCAUUCCGUGAUCCGGAGAAGAAGUACAAGGAUCAGAGGAAGCUGGGUAAGAAGGCUCGCCUUAGGCAAUGGCGCAAGGACACCUUCGGUGAUGAAGAUGGUCCCAGAAUCUCCGAUGAGGUCCCGAAGGUACCUGCAGCAGUCGAGGAAGCCGAGGGCAAAGUCGACAUUCGUGACGGUGAGCCCAGGAAGAAGAAGAGAAAGAGGUCGAAGAAGCACUAAAUGCAUGACCCAUGGGCUUGAAUUUGUAUAUCAUCGCGAGACCGUUGUCUUGUCUUGAGUGUGUUAAUUUCAAAAAAGUAAUUAGCGAACCUUUGUAUUUCCAUAGAUCUUAGAC